AAAGUUCAACGUUGGUAAAAUUACAUUCAUUAGUUUCUAAGACUCGGGUCCCAUUACUGCAGCCAUGGAUGGCGGCUUCUCGUCCCCUAGAAAUUUCUUUCGUUCGCUAAUGUCACCCGCCCCGAAAUAUGACACUUCUUUUGCUCUUGAUAGCCUCUCAAUGGCGGCUCCAAUACCGAGCUCUUACAUUUCUCUGCACGCUUCUCGCAAAUUUUCAGAUUUCCACUUGCGUACUGACCUGUGCUAUUCUUCUCGCAAUUUAUACUCGCAACUGAAUGCAAGAUUUCGUUCCCUAAAACCCUUAGCAUUAGCCGCCGAUGACAAAGCAAAGCUCAAUGAAGCGGCCUCAACCAAAUGCGAUGGGUUCAGCGACGAAUUGGGAGAAAGCGCGGAAGGGGAAAGCCUCGGCACGGUGGAAGAUAAGCAAUUUGUGCGCUGGUUUCGCGAGGCCUGGCCUUACUUGUGGGCCCAUAGAGGCGGCACCUUCGUCGUGAUUAUUUCCGGUGAAAUCGUCUCCAGUCCUUUCUUAGAUCCUAUUCUCAAGGAUAUAGCUUUCCUUCAUCACCUGGGAAUUCGGUUUGUUCUUGUCCCGGGGACCCAUGUGCAAAUAGACAAGCUUUUGACUGAGAGAGGGAGCCAACCUAAGUAUGUUGGUCGAUAUAGGAUUACCGAUGAUGAAUCUCUUGCUGCUGCAAUGGAAGCAGCUGGGGGAAUAAGGUUGAUGAUGGAAGCAAAACUUUCUCCUGGACCGUCCAUAUGCAAUAUUCGUCGACAUGGUGGCAAUAGUCGUUGGCAUGAAGUUGGUGUCAGUGUUGCUAGUGGUAACUUUCUCGCAGCUAAGAGAAGAGGGGUUGUUGAUGGAAUUGACUAUGGAUCAACUGGAGAAGUUAAGAAAGUAGAUGUUUCUCGCAUGCGUGAGAGGCUUGAUGGUGGUUGUAUAGUUCUUUUAAGUAACCUUGGUUAUUCCAGCUCUGGAGAAGUAUUAAAUUGCAACACCUAUGAAGUUGCAACAGCUUGUGCAUUAGCUAUUGGAGCAGACAAGCUUAUUUGCAUUAUAGAUGGUCUAAUACUUGAUGAGAAUGGACAUCUUAUUCGUUACUUGCCUCUUCAAGAAGCAGAUUUGUUAAUUCGUAAACGGGCCGAGCAAAGUGAAAUAGCUGCUAACUAUGUGAAAGCUGUUGAUGUAAAUAAUUUCAGCUCUGCUGGUCAUAAAAGUUCUAAUGGAACAGCCCAUUCCCCACAGAAUGGAGAUGCCUUUACUCCAACCCAUAAUGCAACCUUUCAUAAUGGUGUGGGUUUUGACAAUGGGAAUGGCCUAUGGUCUGGUGAACAAGGCUUUGCUAUUGGAGGUCAAGAGCGGCUAAGUCGAAUGAAUGGUUACCUGUCAGAAUUGGCUGCAGCAGCUUUUGUUUGCAGAGGAGGUGUUCAAAGAGUUCACUUGUUGGAUGGUACUAUUAGUGGAGUUUUGUUGUUGGAAUUGUUUAAGAGAGAUGGAAUGGGAACAAUGGUGGCCAGUGAUCUGUAUGAAGGUACUCGGAUGGCUCGGGUUGCAGAUGUUCCUGGAAUAAAACAACUUAUUCAGCCUUUGGAAGCAUCUGGUGUAUUGGUUAAGAGGACUGACGAGGAGUUGCGUCAAGCAGUGGAUUCCUUCAUUGUUGUUGAAAGGGAGGGUCAAAUAAUUGCUUGCGCUGCCCUUUUUCCUUUCUUUGAGGAGAAGUGUGGAGAGGUUGCUGCCAUUGCAGUGUCACCAGACUGUCGAGGCCAAGGACAGGGUGACAAAUUGCUUGACUAUAUUGAGAAGAAGGCUUCAUCUCUUGGGUUGAACAUGCUUUUCCUGCUUACUACUCGGACAGCAGAUUGGUUUGUAAGGCGUGGAUUUUCAGAAUGUUCAAUUCAUUAUAUACCGGAGAAAAGGAGGGGCAAAAUCAAUCUGUCCCGUAAUUCCAAGUAUUAUAUGAAGAGGCUUCUACCCGACAGAAGUGAAUUACAGUUGGUAGGAAAUUUGUACAGGAUUAGCGUUGUCUAGUUUAGUUGUUUUUUUUUUUUUUCGGUGGGUUAGGCAAGGGGCUAUGCAAUGUUGCAGGCAAUAAUCUUGUCGUUGUCCUAUCAGCAGUUCCGACUGGUUUAUGUAUUGCAUAAGUUGCAUUUACUCUGUUAUCGUUGUGAUUAUGAACGUACUCCCAAUUGCUUUCCAGAUUGAGUCCCCCCCCCCUCCUGCCCCGUUGCCCUCAUGUCAACAAAUAAAAGAUUAAUUUUAAAGCAGGAAUCACGAGGUUGCUUGUCCACGCAA